AUGGCAUCCAAAAGAUCAACAUCUAAUUCUUCAGACGAAGCCACAUCGUCAAGACAUCGUUCUCAUUUACAAAGUGAAACGUCAAGACAUUCAACACGACACAGCGAACAUUCUCAUUCAGCAUCUCAUCGACGUUCACCAUCGCAAACAAACACUGUCACAAGUAAUUUAGAAAACACCAGUAUUCGAAGUGCAAGCCCAACUCAUGCCUCAUCACAAGCGCGUACUCUCUCACCAACGGCUAGUCAUGUUUCAAAAACUACUAUUCAAUCCCACACCUCCGGACAGCAAAGUACACCUUAUGACACCACCAGCCUCGCUCAAACUAGAACCGCUAGUCCUUCGAUCGCUCGACAAUCAACAUCGAGUAUCUUGUCACAAACCCAUCAACAACAACAAACUGGACAAUUUCCACAAAAUCUCACUGGUGAUGUUCCACCAAUUAUACGACCGACAAAUCAAGGAUUUGGCAGUGGUGUUAAUUCUUUUGGUCCAAAUGCUCCACAAAUGCAUCAACAAGCUCAAAUUAGACCACAAGAAUAUGGCAUACAACACCAAGGACAAAUAGUGAGACCCGGUGUGCCGCGUGCCAAUGUUCCUCUACCAAUACAACAACACGCACAAAUUAGACCAAAUGUUCCCUUAUCGCCUGGUUCAAAUACUGUCACGCAACAAAACGGUUACAACGCCUCUGUACAACACCAACAACCAGGCUAUGGUCCACGACCCCAAGUAGUUUCUCAAGGUAUCCGUGGUAAUUUCUCUCAAGGUACUCAAGGACCGUUAAGACCUCCCAUACCCGGUCCUAAUUUACAACGCGGUCCGAACGUUCAGUUAUCUCAACAAGGCCAACAAAGUGGAUCUGGUCAACAAGGGGGAUUUGGCCUACAAAGUGGGUCUGGUCAACAAGGGGGAUUUGGCCAGCAAGGUGGAUCUAGUCAACAAGGCGGAUUUGGCCUACAAAGUGGGUCUGGUCAACAAGGGGGAUUUGGCCAGCAAGGUGGAUCUGGUCGACAAGGUGGAUUUAGUCAACAAAGUGGGUCUGGUCAACAAGGCGGAUUUGGCCAGCAAGGUGGAUCUGGUCGACAAGGUGGAUUUAGUCAACAAAGUGGGUCUGGUCAACAAGGCGGAUUUGGCCAGCAAGGUGGAUCUGGUCUUUUCUAA